UAUUUUCUAUUCCUAGAAAUAGUAUACAUUUUUAGUCAUUAACUAAAAUUUCGAUCUUGCUUACUUUAAUAUUUCAGAAGCAUUUAUUCCUCUUUUGAAAUAAAGUAGUAGAUUAUCCUUGAUGACACUCUCACUUAGAGCGUACCUUGCUGUCCUUUUCAGGGAAAGUGAAUUUUACAAGUUAAUUCUGCCUGUUUACCCUGUAUUUGAUUUCCUUCUGUUCCAUUAAAUGACCAUUUAUUUUCUCCUUUCUUGUGUAUUAUGUUUGUACUUAAGCCUAGAUUGGACAUUAAGGAGUUCUGUUUGAAUAGUUGCUAUGCUAAAAAAGGACAUCAGGCUUGGGUGAACUCAUCCUGGGUAUAGACUGAAAUACAGGACUCCAGUGGUUCCUGUUCUCUAGGCUGAUAACUACCCUUUCCAACCACAUAAUUGACUUCUGCACUAAAUCUCAAGGGUUUUUUUCUGAAGCUGUAAACUGAGAACAGAAAUGCUACCUUGAGUGAGAGAGGUCUAGGAAGCAGUAUGUUUCAUUUUCUCUCAGUCGGCCUGGCCUUUAGGUGAGUUUGGGAGUGUUGAUAGCAUCCUGAGCCUGCUUGGCAAAGAGUGGGGGUUAGAAAGAGAGAAGUCCCCAGGCAAGGGGCCAGGUCCCUACUUGUCUCAUUACGGAGAAUUCAACCCUAUCUAUUUGGUUGGCAGGGCACACUUAAUCACUAAGAUCCAGCAUUUCAGCAGUUUGCAGAGGAAAGUGAUAUAUGAAGGGACAGCUGCAAGUAAACCACAACCUACAUCUGAGGAGAUCAAGCGCUACUUCACUUGGAGGAAAGAGAAGGAAGGAAGCCGAGGGCUUAGCAGGAUAGUCUCCAGGUAUCAUAGGAAAAGCCAUGGCUCCGCGGUCUCGGCGACGAAGACACAAGAAACUCAUCUCAUCUGUAGCUUCCAUGGUUGUGACCCCACCCUCAGUUGUGACUCCUAUGCCUCUGACACCCUCAGAACCUGGCCCUAGUAUUGAUGCACUUGGCUUCUUAUCCUUGGAGAAUAAUGUUCCUGGCCUCUCCCAGCUGAUCCUUCAAAAACUGAACGUGAAAAGCUAUGAAGAAUACAAGCUGGUGGUAGAUGGUGGUAUCCCAGGAGCAGGCUUUGGAUUUCGAUGUCCUCAAGAAAUGUUCCAGAGGAUGGAGGACACAUUCCGAUUCUGUGCUCACUGUAGAGCACUCCCUAGUGGUCUUUCAGACUCUAAGGUCCUUCGGCACUGUAAAAGGUGCAGAAAUGUCUAUUACUGUGGUCCAGAAUGCCAGAAGUCAGACUGGCCAGCACACAGGAGAGUUUGUCAAGAGCUUCGUCUUGUGGCUGUGGACCGUCCUAUGGAAUGGCUUCUGGUCACAGGUGAUUUUGUUCUACCCUCAGGACCUUGGCCAUGGCCAGCUGAAGUUGUACAAGACUGGGAAAACUGGUUUUCUAUGAAAGGGUUACAACUAGAUGCUACAGUAGAUGCUAUGCUAGGUAGUCAUGCCAUGACCACCUUAUGGGCCAGUAUAGGACGGCCAAGGCCAGACCCAGAUACCCUACAGGGGUCUUUGAAGCGGCUGCUGACAGAUGCCCUGUCAAGGCCCUUGACACUGGGCCUAGGACUUAGGGCCUUCAGAAUAGAUGUUGGGAAGACUGGAGGAAGCACAGUUCAUGUGAUUGGUGCUUCCCAUGUGGAGACAUUUCUUGCUCGCCCUGGGGACUAUGAUGAGCUUGGCUACAUGUUUCCUGGACACCUUGGCCUCCGUGUGAUCAUGGUGGGUGUAGACGUGGCUACUGGCUUUUCAAAGAGUACCUCAACUUCACCCCUGGAACCUGGCACAGUUCAGCUUAGUGGCCACAAGGGCCUCUAUCACGACUUCUGGGAGGAGCAGAUAGAGACUGGUCAGAUAGCCCAUCCAGAUUUGGCAGUGGCAUUCCAUCCAGGUUUCCAUUCUACCCCAGACUUGAUGGAAGCGUGGCUGCCCACUCUGUUGCUACUUCGUGACUAUGAGAUCCCUACAUUGAUUACUGUUUACAGCCAUCAGGAAUUGGCAACCUCUUUGCAGAUUCUGGUGGAACUGGAUACACACAUCACUGCCUAUGGGGCUAAUCCUUUCACAUCCCUCAAACCUGAACAAGUCUAUUCCAACCCCAACAAGCAGCCAGUGUACUGCAAUGCCUACUAUAUCAUGUUUCUUGGAAGCUCCUGCCAGAUGGAUAAGAGACAAUUGGAAGAGACAUUAGAUGGUGGGGUUUAAAUAGCUCUUGACUAGAUGUCUGGAAAAUGAGGAGGUUGUGAUGAAAUUACCCUGUUAAUGCCAGGUUGUUGCCAGCUUUGAAACCCACUAUAUUCUCAGCCUUAUUCACUAUCUGGGUAAAGAUUCUCAGCUAAAUGAGUGUUCUUGUCUAAUGUGACUCAUUUCUGAGAGGUUAGCCAGAGUAGCUUCUAGAGAUAGGAUAGAUUUAGUGGUUGGCAAGAGGCCCUGAUGUUGGUCUUUCCAGAGUGUAGAGUUCCUAACAGUUUCCUUUGAGGAAGUUAUACCUUUUGACUGGAACCAGUUAACACUGAGGAGAAUUAGAACCUCCUUGUUCAUUUGAAAAAGAGUUCUUCUCAUUCAGCAACGUGGGCUGAAAAACAGGUGUUAAUUACUUGAAGUGGUGGAAGAAUGGGUACGUCAGGGAAGUCAGGACCAUGGCACACUGACCUCUGCCUGACUUUUUUGAGAGAAAUGUUUCAUUUUCCAAUUUUUUUCUUGGAGACUUUUGACUCAAGAGUAGCCCUGGUAUUGUAUUUUAGAUAGCUCAGGGUAUAUCAGACUUUAUCUGAAUAUACUUGAGUUAUUUGUUAUCCCCUGUUCUGUACUACAAUAAACUCAGUUUGGGGCUUCUUAAGUCACUUGUUUUAUCUUAUUUCCUAUUCAUUGCUAAUAUUCAUUAAUAUUACUCAUUUAUGCACAGCACCUCAAGAUUAGAAGUUUUCCUCUUGGGCAGCACCUGUGGCUCAGUGGGUAGGGUGCCAGCUCCCUAUACCGAGGGUGGUGGGCCAGUGAACUGCAACAAAAAACAUAGCUGGACGUUGUGGCAGGCACCUGUAGUCCCAGCUACUCAGGAGGCUGAGGCAAGAGAAUCGCCUAAGCCCAAGAACUGGAGGUUGGUGUAAGCUGUGUGGUGCCACUGCACUCUACCGAGGGCGAUAAAGUGAGACUCUUUACAAAAAAAAAAAGUUUUCCUCUUGCCAUCGGAGUGGUUAACAUUGACUCUUAUGUUUGGGCCUUUUACUCUACUACACACUUGUCUCAUGUCAUCCUUCUUUUAUCACACUCUCAAGGAUGAGGAUGUUCCCUAGGUUUUCAUUCCUACAGUUUUGCCAUCAUCUUCAUCCACACAUCACAUAUCACCAACACCACACACCAUCACCCCAGUACAUACAUAUAUACUGUUAUUGCUCACUGUAAUAGGGAUGAUUUUACAAUUUCAUUUAUUCAUUCAAAACAGUAAAUACUUACCAUGUGAAAGGUACUAUAUUAUGGCUUUAAGGAGAUUAAAAAGGUGAAUGUGAUGUCUUUUUUUUUUUUAACCUAGGAAGAGAAAUAAUAUGUAUAUGGAUAUCUUUUUUGCAGUGCAUAAUAUGGAAUAAGAAACAUGAGAGAGGCUUAUGGUACUAAGGAAGUAAGAGUGGAAAAACAGAACCCUUUACUAAAUGACUAUGAAGGAGGUAUGAAUUAGAAUUAUGAAACAGAGGACCGAGCAUUCCAGCUGGUAGUAGUAACAGGAGCAGAAGUUGGGAAACAAAAGCAUAAAGGAUAUUUUAGGGUACAUUUGAGGAUUAGUAUAAAUUAAGUCCUGAAGAAAGAUUGAGAUUGGAUUAUAGAAGAAGCAUUUGUCAUCCUUUGGAUAUACAGAUCUGACUAUGAAUCCUGGAAUAAUCAUCAGAUUAUUUUGUGCCCCUGAGAAAGCUAAAAUUCUGAAGUCUUAGUUUCCUCGGUAAAAUGGAGAUACUAUUUAUACCCAAAAUUAUAUUAGCAUUAAAUGAAAAUGUUUCAUAAUUGGAGGUCUCACACUUCCCAGUUUCAAAAUUUACUUCUGGUUGAGUAUUCAUACUCUGAAAAUUUGAAAUCUGAAAUCUUCUAAAAUCCGAAACAUUUUGAGAACUUGACAUAACAUGCACAUUUUCAGAUUUGAGAUGCUAAAGACAACUCAAGUAUUUCAAAAUUUGAAAAAUAAUUGAAAUCUGAAACUGCAGGCAGAAUGGGAACCAAAGACCCCAUUCUUGGCAAGGGAAAAAAACCCCAGAAAAGGGGGAAAAUAAAAAGGAAAGCUAAGUGAGGCCAAAGGAAAGUCAACUAGUUUACCUUAAACCAGCUGCUGCUAAAUUUCUUAUCUGAGCAAGUUUCCUGCUAUUCCUAGAAGCCUGGCCUUUUGGGGAUAUAGCUUACUAACACCCCUGCUGGGUCUAUAAGCACUCUGAAGGAAUGGCCACAGAGGAAGCUGUAUGCAAGGCCUAGCAAGAAACAUUAAGUAGGCCACUUCCUGCCCAGUUAACAGUCAAAGCAAAUACCCAUUGUGGAGAUUUGUAUUUGGAUGGGGCAGAGAUCAAGGGAAUAGCUUAAGCCCUGGAAGUAUGGGUAGGAGGGCUUAUAUCCCUUAUCGCAGAAGAAGACUCUGUGUGGUGGUGAUGAGAAGAAAAUUCCUUUCUCCCACCAAUUCUUCAGAGGAGACUCUGGUGGUGUAUUACUCCACAGUGAACUAGUGAGUAUUAACACCCCCCUAGGAAUCUGUGUGUGUGACCAUAGACAGAAGGCUGUCCCCACACAAGGCUCAGGUUCUGGAUUUCUCAAGACUGCUCAGACACUUAAUGAUCAUAGAAACAAUAGAAGCUCAUAUGCUUGCUUAGAGAAACUGCUGACAUCUUUGUUCCCUUCCUUAGCUUACCCUCUGGGCUAAUGAGCAAAUAGCCUUCAAUAAGAACUGAGAUACUCGGGGCCACUCUCAGGAACCCUGCAAACGGGCAGUGGUCCCUGUGCUCCUACCUUUGAAAAUUCUAUUCUGUGUGUCUUGUCUCUUUAUCUCUGGUCGUUUCUAACUUUAUACUUCUUCAUUCGGUUGCCGCCAGAUCCACAGGUCUUAACGGACCCUGCUCCUGGGCCAGGACUCCAGCAUGAAACACUCCUGGUUGCAACUAUUUUGGAUAAGGGAUAUUUAACCUGUGUAAAGCAACAGUAAUCAUGACAAAUGUGGUACUGGCAUUGGAUGGACAAAUAAAUGAA